ACGCCCGAACCCGAUCUAAUUAAAUAAACAUUUUACUUUAGAGUUAACGAACCUCGAUCAUUUAUCGCUGAAUUUUGGUCAUCUAAUCAAGGAAAUGUUGUAAUACUUCAGGUGGAUUUCAUGCAAUUCAUUCGUUUCUUCUAUAUUUGCACAUCGCGUUCAUUUACACAAUUUCGCUCAUUAGUGAGAUCUUGUAUUACAAGUUAUCUCACAUGGUUAUGAUGGUAUGACUUAACUGGGUUUAAUUGCGUUUUGUGUCACCAAAAACGAAGUUACAGAGAAAUUAUUGAAGAUACAAAUUUACCUUUUUCUCAGUGUUUCUAUUUGACACAAAAUGAUGUCUCUGUUUUUUGUAAAAAAGCAGAAUAUGUCGAGGUACCACUGUAAACAAAUAAAUUAUUGUGUCCCUGGACAGAAAAACGUGUAAAACUUUUAUUGCUUAAAAUGUCGAGUGAAUUAGAAGUGCCAUUUAUCAACGAGAUUCACGAGGAAGAGGAGGAGGCAAGCGAUUGGGACUUGUUGAUUGCUUUUAAUGAAUUGAGACACCGUGAGAAAAUACAGGGGUCAAAGAAAGUGGCUCAAACAUGGAGAAUGAAAGAGAGGAUGAAAACAGUGAGUGUGGCCCUGGUGUUAUGUUUAAAUGUUGGAGUUGACCCUCCUGAUGUUGUGAAGACCUCCCCAUGUGCACGGUUGGAAUGUUGGAUCGAUCCCCUCAGCUCCCAGAAAGCUCUGGAGGCCAUUGGGGCUAAUCUACAAAAACAGUAUGAAAGAUGGCAGCCCAGGGCUAGGUACAAGCAAAGCCUGGACCCAACUGUGGAUGAAGUGAAAAAACUAUGCUCAUCACUCAGACGGAAUGCCAAAGAGGAAAGAGUUUUAUUCCAUUACAAUGGCCAUGGUGUACCAAAACCUACAGUUAAUGGAGAAAUAUGGGUGUUCAAUAAGAGCUACACCCAGUACAUCCCGCUGUCUGUGUACGACCUGCAGACUUGGAUGGGCAGCCCCUCCAUCUAUGUGUAUGACUGCUCCAAUGCCGGGAUCAUCAUAGAGCUCUUCAGACAGUUCUCGCAACAAAGGGAGUCAGAACUUGAGUCUGGGCUGAAUGGAUCCACCCCAAGGUUCGGUAGCCCCACCCCAGCUGUCUCCUCCGUCAGAAAUUGUAUCCAGCUCGCCGCAUGUGGAGUAUCUGAGUUACUUCCCAUGAAUUCAGAGCUGCCUGCCGAUCUCUUCACUUCCUGCCUCACUACACCAAUCAGAAUAGCUCUAAAAUGGUAUGUUCUCCAAAAUACUGGGCGAUUAGUACCAAAUAUUACCUUGGAUCUGGUUGAUAAGGUUCCAGGUCAGUUGAAUGAUAGAAGAACAAUGCUAGGCGAACUGAACUGGAUUUUUACUGCCAUCACAGACACCAUAGCAUGGAACACCCUGCCAAGAGAGCUGUUUCAGAAGUUAUUUAGACAGGACUUGUUAGUUGCCAGUCUGUUUCGUAACUUUCUAUUGGCUGAGAGAAUAAUGAGGUCGUAUAACUGUACGCCAAUGUCAAGUCCCCGCCUCCCUCCCACGUACCAGCACCCCAUGUGGCAGGCCUGGGACUUGGCCCUGGAUAUUUGCCUGCAACAAUUACCUACCCUGCUGGAGGACGAGAACGCUCAGUUCCACCACAGCCCCUUCUUCACUGAACAGCUGACCGCCUUUCAGGUGUGGCUGUCCUAUGGGUCAGAGAAACGAAACCCGCCCGAACAGCUACCUAUAGUCCUACAGGUGUUACUAAGUCAGGUGCACAGGCUGAGAGCUUUAGAUCUUCUGGGCAGAUUUUUGGAUUUGGGUCCCUGGGCAGUUAGCCUUGCUUUAUCCGUUGGAAUUUUUCCUUACGUCCUGAAACUUCUCCAGAGUUCAGCAAGAGAGUUGCGCCCCUUACUUGUGUUUAUCUGGGCCAAGAUUUUGUCUGUUGACAGUUCCUGUCAGACAGACUUAGUGAAAGACAAUGGACACAAGUACUUCCUCUCUGUGUUAGCUGAUCCUUACAUGCCUGCAGAGCACAGAACCAUGGCAGCCUUUGUUCUGGCCAUGAUUGUCAACGACUACAAAAACGGGCAGGAUGCUGCGUUACAGGGCAAUGUGAUCGCCACCUGUCUGGAGCAGUUGUCUGACCCCAGUCCCUCCCUCAGACAGUGGCUGGCCCUCUGUCUCGGAAAGGUUUGGUCAAACUUUGACAAUGCCCGCUGGUGUGGAGUGAGGGACAGGGCUCAUGAGAAAUUGUCAGUAUUGCUUAAUGACCCAUCCCCAGAGGUGAGGGCGAGUGUAGUGUUUGCCCUUGGGACGUUCAUCAGUGUGACGGACCGCAGUGACCAGGCCAACAACAUCGAUCUGGGGGUGGGGAUGAUGCUGGCCUCUGUGGGGAACGAUGGCAGUCCAUUGGUCAGAAAAGAAGUAGUCGUGGCGCUAUCUUCCCUGGUCCAGCAGUUUGAGUCGCAGUUCACUAACGUGGUGGUGCAGUGGAUGGAGGAGGAGAAACAGAAGGAGAAGAGCGCCACUGUGACCGGGGAGGUCCCUGGUGGGUGGAAUCUUGUAUCUGGCACCACUGCUCUCCAGUCCUCUAACUCCACCGCCAACAUGGGUGGGUCUUUCAUCAGCUCUAGUGACAGCUACUCUGGAGAAAGCACCACUGUGAGGCGGACCUACUCCAGCUCCACCCUGGCAGGCACCACCUUCAGCAGUGUGUACAUGACGGUGUGGAAGGUCCUGGUCCAGCUGGCAAUGGGGCCACACAGAGAGGUGGCGGACAUGGCCAAACAGAUCGUCAAUACUCUCAAACUCAAGGCCUCACUGAGUGCUCGCCCCACCCAUGUGAUACAGAACCCCAAGACCUGCUACUCUGCCCCCUCUAGUCCUUCCAAUACCGCCCCUAUACAUGGAACUCCUCCACAAAAUCACUUCCCAGAGGACCAUUCUACUCCUGGUAGUCAAAUGAGGCGAGAUUAUUCCUCCCCCCAUCUGUCAGGAAAGGUCAACUCCUACACUAGUCCUCAUGUCAGGGGCAAGAAACUGCUCUCCGAGAGGAACUCUUCAUCAUUGAUUCACGAAGAGAAGGAGGAAGAACCCAAAAGUCUCAAGUCUACCUCUGUGACGACCGAGUUCUUUGAUUGGAGCUGCCGCCAUUUUGCCCAGCCGUUGAUGCGGCUGUCUGAGGAGCAGGAUCCAGAGAGCUCCUCCCACCACAGACGAGAGUUCCGGUUCCUCCGGAACAACAAUGUCAGACAGGAGGCCAGAGAGGAACAAAUCAGGGCAGGCUUUAACAGGCUAGAUGUGGAGGUGUUUGUCAACAAAAACCAGGGAAUCCCCUCGGUCAUCAAGUUCCAUCCGUACGAGGGCCAUGUAGCCGUCGCAGACAAGGACGGAAUAUGUUUUUGGGAUUGGGAACAGGGAACAAAGAUUAACUACAUUUACAAUGAGAACCUGAAGAACACUAAGAUAUCAGCCAUGGACUUCAUCAACCCUCACGAUGAGUCUCUGUUGUUGUGUGGAACAGAUGAUGGUUCGGUCCGGAUAUGGAGGAACUACCUAUCAGAGGGGUAUGAUGGGAAGGAACUGGUGACGGCAUUUCAAGCCAUAUCUGACCUCAUUCCUACUGUCAGACGAGCUGGACUUGUGCUGGAUUGGGAGCAGGAAUCUGGAAUGUUACUGGCCUCAGGGGAUGUCCGAAUCAUACGGAUCUGGGAUUCUCAAAGGGAAACCAAAGUACAGGACAUACCAACCGGAGCAGAGAGCUGUGUGACCAGUCUGGCCUCGGACUCGUUCGGCCGGUCUCUGCUGAUUGCAGGUUGUGGUGAUGGAUCUGUACGGCUGUUUGACAGACGACUAGCUCCAUCAGAAUGUCGAGUUAUGACUCUCAGGGAGCAUAAUAGAUGGGUUGUCAAAGUUCACCUCCAGAAGGGUUCUGAGGGCAAAAUUGUUAGUGCAAGUAAUGCUGGAGAUGUGAGGUUUUGGGACCCGAGGUUCACAGAGUCGGUGAGAACACUGAACCUUACCCAGGGAAUCACAGCACUGGAGAUUCACAAACACGCUGAUGUGUUAGCUUGUGGUUCCCCUAACCAGUUCAUCGGUGUAUACAACACGUCGGGGGACAACCUGAGCACCAUCAAGUACCACGAGGGAUUCCUGGGACAGAGGAUUGGCGCUGCCAGCUGUCUGGCAUUCCAUCCAUACAAGGUGAAGCUUGCCGCGGGAAGUACGGACAGUUUUAUUUCCGUCUACUCUACACCAGUGAAGCGCAGCUGAUGACGGCCCAGGCGUUUUAUGUUUACUUUGUCUUUCAUUUUAAUCAUUUUAAAAUCAAUUGUUUUAUUGAAUAUAUUGUUUCGAAGGACAAUUCAAUGAUGAAGAUGGUAAAUUAAAAUGUGCAUAUUAUUGUACAUAUACAAUGUACAUGUAUAUAUUCAUAAUCAUGUAUGUUAGAUUAGCAUAUAAUGUAAAAUAGGUCUUGCAUGUAGGUGUGUGUACAUAUAUACGUUUGUACUUUUAGCUAGCCAUUGUGGGCUCUAAUAUUGGUAUACUUCUAGAUCAUGUGUAUAAAGAUAGAUAUACAUGUAUAUAAAUAUAUAAGGCUUCUGCUGAGGAUCUGUGUCAGUGAUUGUAUUAUAGUCAUCACCGGUCAUUGUGUGUGUUUAUUGGUUUGCUUCCAGCGAGUAUUUUAUUUGCAAAUAGGUGUCAUUGUUUUAUGUACAGAAAGUUGAAUGAAUUGUCCAUGUAUCAUGAUUAAGAGAAUUUGAAUUGGCAUCUACACACACAGGUGAAAACAACAUUUCGUUUCUUUGUAUGCAUGGAAAAUGCAUGUCAUGUAGAUUAAUAUAUAUAUAUCUAUAUAAUAGUAAUUAUUUUGUACAUGUGAAUAAAAUGUAUACAUCUUAUUUAAAUGUACAUUUGAUUUACGUGAAUUUAAUGAUAUUAAUAAAUGUGUUUGAUUUUAGUGAUUUAUAGUGCAAAAUGAUAAUGCACAAUUAAGUGAGUUUGUAUUUCGCUUAUUAUUCAAUUGUAUAUUGUACAUCAACGUCCUCAAUAAUAUUUUUAAAAUUACUGAAUAUGAAUUGUUAUAAAAAUGAAUUGUAGUGAAAAUGAAUUGAGAUACAUCUACCGGUAUAUCUAAAGGUAGACCACAAAAGUUUAGCUUUUGCUUAUUAGUAGGGUGUUCAAAGUUUCUAGACUGUUUCCAUGGAAAUGCAUGUGAUACAUGUAUUUAAUGUACUGAAGAUGAUUUUUAAUCUAAAUUACCAAUUUGAAUGUAGAUAUGAAUUAUUGUUGAAAAGAAAGAUUGAAAAAACGAAGAAAUUUUGUUAUGCUGGACCAGUAUGUGAGAAGCGAGAGUGAUGAGUUUUAUCUCAAGUUGUUUGUGUGUAUUUACCAAUAUUAAAUGUGAACAUAGUAGAUAUAUCAAUAAGGAAUUAUCAUGUGUGGAAACUUAGCAAAAGAGGUCCAUUUGAUGUCUUUACUAAUUUGGUAUAUUGUUUAAUAUUGAUAAUACAUGCAACACAUGUAGAAGCAUUAUUACAAACAUAUACUUUAUAUCAACAAGUAAGCAAUGCAAAACAUGUAUACCCUUUUAAAAGACCUUGUGAUUUAUUAUUGCAUUACCAAAGAGACAAUUACUGAAGAUGUUUGAACUACCUGUCGUGAAAUGGUCAAAUGAACAACUAUCUUAUAAUUCAGCAACAUCUAUUUCCUUUGUUCCUACUCUUGUGUUGGACCUAUGCAAUAAAAAUUAUAUGAACAAAUGUA